AUACGGGAUACUUGAUUCCUACUAACAAGCUUAAAUGUCCGUAGUAUCGAUAAAGUCGAGAGCAUGACGUUGAAAUACAUGCGCGCGCGCGCUUUCUCUCUUCCCCUUACACUGCACGUCCGCGCGCUCACAGGGAGUGCAGAUAAAAGUUUUUUUCAUCGUUAGAAAUGCGAAGUAAAAACAAAAAGCUUGCAAUUUUUUAAAAAGAAAUAAACGUUAGAAAUUUGUAAUAGAUUAUUCGUUACACAAUGGCUGGAUUAGAACAUUACGAGAGAGUUUAUCGCGGAAAACCUAUUAGACAUUGGGAAAAUGAAAAUAACUUUCUGUACGGACACCGUGGACAAGAGGUUAUACGUCCUUUGGAUGUUCCCGUUGUACAUCCUUUAGCUGUAGAUAAUCCCCCUACCGAUGAUAUUAUGAAAAAAUACAUUGGUCCAGGUUGUGGUCUAGUAAGUUUAAUUACAGAAAAGUUAUUAGUUCAUCCGUUUAUUGUUCUAAGAAGACAAUGCCAAGUAAAUCCUGGAUCAACCAAAUACCAUAUAAUACCUAUUACCUUGGUACCUGUUGUUGCACGACUUUAUCAAACUCAAGGAGUAAAUACCCUUUGGAAAGGAAUCGGAUCAGUUUUACUUGUGAACGGAAUGACCUUGGCUAUCGAAGAUUUCAUUUCUAAAAUUACAUUAUGGCCAAAGUAAGACGAUUUAUUGGAUAU